AUGAAUGUGUUGACCGGAGAGAAAAUCCUUCUGCUUAUUUUUCUGUUCAAAGGUAUAUCUUUAAAAGUCAUACUGCCAAACAAGAUUGAUGCUCUGAGUGGAUCCUGUGUGCUCAUAAAGUGCAUAAAGAUAGACACCUCUACACCUUAUGAGACCCCUGAAGGCAUUUCCAAGUCUCCUCCUCCACCCACAUUGAUGUUCUAUUCAAAGAGGUGGUUACUGCUAAACAGCCCGGUGCUGGAGGGAAGCUCUGUGAUUCUGAGCUGUUGGGCUAAGACUCUCUGCUCCUAUCAUCCGCCAGUUCUCACAUGGAGCUCUUACCCCAAACUCCACCUCAGUGAGAGCAGCCGACAGCCGGAUCAAACUCAGCUCAUCUCUGAUCUGAACUUCAACGUUACUCAUCUUCAUCACACAGUCAAUUUCAUCUGCACCAUCACCUAUCAGCUGAAGGACAAGAAGAAAACAGCACAGACCAAUUACACUCUAUAUGUUCAGUAUGCACCAAAAAUGUCACCCUCUUCCAGUUGUAAAAGAGCUGAUGUGACUGUCUGUUUCUGUGAGGUUCAUGGGAACCCUUUUCCUAAUCUUACAUGGUUUAUUUCUGAUAAUCCUGUCGCUAACUCCACGUGUACAUCUGUCAGUGAAGAGCGAUUGGAUGACACAGUUUUGAGAAGCACUUUUACCCUAUCUUACUUCCUCAAAACCGAACACAGUGUACAAUGUGUAGCCACUAACAUUUAUGGCAAUGCCAGCCGACAGUUUCAUCUGGAUCCACUCCCCAAUGAGACUGCAUACUGUGCACAUAAAACACUUUCACUCCUGAUCACAUUAGCACUGGUUGUCCUUCUUUAUGCUCUCACUGUUGGAGCUGGCUUCUACAAAAUUAAACAACUGUCCACCAAGCUGAAGGCUAAAAGAGAAGCAGAAGCGCCCGCCUCAGUUCAAUGCCCAAAUUCCAACAAUAUUUAUGAGAAUCUUCAUUUUUAA